AUGAUGCAGAAUAAAGUAUAUCUGUUAUUUACACUAUUAUGUGUUUUUAUUAUUUGUUUGGCAUCAGCUGAUGAAACUCCACGUCAAGCUGAUUCUGCAUUAGAUUUAAAAAAAAGUGUAUCUACCAAAGACAAAAAAGAAUCUCGUGAUAGAAAGAAUAAACAUGAUAAAAAUGAUGCUCGUGAAGAUGAAAAAUAUAAUAUUCGUGAAAACGAUAAAUAUGAACAUGAAGAUGAAGAUGAUGAAGUAGAUGAUAGUUAUUUAUCACGAUCAUCCUUUGAUCAUGAACGAUAUUCACCAUAUGGUUCACGAGAAGGUAAUUAUCGAACACGUUCACGUCAUCCAGUUUCAUCACCACAAGCACCACCACAAUCAUUAACACAAUCAUUAUCACAAUUAAUUCCAUCUCUAUUUGAAGCUCCUAUGGAUGAAAAUGAAUGGACUCCAAAUGGAUAUGAAAAUAUGUUUGCUGCACCAGUACCAUACAAUGCACCUGAUAUUAAUGUUAUGUCAAACAAUGGUCCAACAUGCCAUUCAUUAAUUGAUGCACACUACCCAAUCUUUUCAGAUGUAUGUGGUGCUGUUCCACAAGCUAAAUAUUCUUUACCAAAUGCAUUCGGUCAUCGAGAAAAAUGGCAAAUUUCACAAAUUUUAACUGCUUUAAUGAGUUCACCAACAGAAGCAACUUGUACUCGAUCCUUACGUCUUCUAUUAUGUCCAAUACUUUUUCCACCAUGUUCAACACGUCAUCAACCUGCACCUGUUCUUCCAUGUCAAUCAUACUGCCGAGCUGUUAAAUCUCGAUGUUCAAUACCAGUCCUUGAUACUCUUCCAUGUGAAGUACUUCCAUAUUCAUCUGAUCUUUGUCCAAGUAGUCAACCAUUUGCUUCAUUUGGUCUUCCAGGAGCUUUUCCUUCCACUAACCAACCAUUACCUGUAAAUGGUGGCUUUCCAACAUCACGAACAUCUCCAUCGUUACAAUCUCUUUUAUCUUCACCAGCCUUUCAAUCACUUUUAGCUGCACAUGGUUUUCAAUCAGGAGCAGGAACACAAAAUUUUCAAGGAGGAUUUCCCGCUCAAACUGCUCAACCUGCACCACCACAACAAAACUUUCAAGCAGCAUAUGCCGCUCAAAAUUACCCAACACCAUUCACACCACAAAAUUUUCCAUCAGCAUUCGGACCACAAAAUCUUCAAUCAGCAUAUGGAGCUCAAAACUACCCAACAGCAUUUACACCACAAAAUUUUCCAUCAACAUUCGGAUCACAAAACCUCCAAUCACCAUUUUCAGCUCAAAAUCUUCAAUCCACAUUGACACCACAAAAUCUUCAAGCUGCAUUAUCGGCACAAGCUGCUCAAUCAGUAACAACACCAGCUCCUGUUUUAGCAACGCCAGCUCCUGCUCCAGUAACACCAGCUCCUACACCAGCACCAGCAUCUUUCAAUCCUUACAUGUUUGGAGCACCUGCAACUGCAACUGAUAGUUUUAAUUCAAUGCCUGCUGAUUAUCAAUCUCGUUUAUAUUCGAAUGAAUAUCGACCAUCUCCAAGAUAUGCACCAUACCCACGCUCAUCAAGUGAAACACGUCCUACAAGUGAAUUACGAGCUUCAACUGAAACACGUACUCCAACUGAUCAACGUUCUUCAAUGAAUACACGUCCUACAUCAGGUUCUUCAAUGGUUAAAGCCUAG